AUGGAAGUGAUUCCCGAAAGAGCAAAUGUGACGUUUGUGAACCCUCAGUACACGACGAACUUGACGAUAAACAUUCGGCGCUACAGCAGGAGGUCUCGCUACUACAUCAACUUGAUGGGCACCACCAGGCAGAUGUGGAAUAACAACAUUACGGUGGAUAUAGAAAUCAACCAGUACUUGCACAACGAGUACCGGCCCUCGUUCAUAACGCACCAUUAUAAGUUCUGUGACCUUGUAAAUAAGGACCCUUUCAUCGGUGGGGCCAUCAGGAAUGCUGGUGUGGUGUGCCCCUUGCCUGCUGGUUACCACGGUAUAAUGAACAUAACAGCGCCGACGGAGCACUUCCCCAACGUGUUCCCCUUCGAGAAGGGACGCCUCGACUUCGUUGUGUCGCUCACAAACACAAACGAAGUCAUUUGUAAGCUCUACGUCGAAGUUAGAUUCAAACAGAAAUGA